CAGUUGUUGUUAGAGGCUAUAAUCUAUAGGAAAGCGUCGUCGACAACGAACAAGAAGUCUCCCAAAUAAAUGUCUUCAGCAUCAAGGCAAAGUUAAAUGAAUGAAACAUAUGAGGCGAAGUCAUGCCCCCGAUGACAGAGGACACGUACGGCUCACGUGUGGAGAAAUGGACCAUGAAAGAAAUGCAGCUGAACAGACUUCAUGAGGAAAUCAUUGCUAAAAGAGAGUCUCUCCUGCACUCAGCUGGUGCCUACCUCCGGCAGCAGGUUGACAAGAGGGGCCCUGCUCCAUCUAACACUCAGACCAUAGAUGAGAUCACAGUGAGGAAUGAACGUCUGAUAAAGGAUCUACGUGACACGGAAUGGAGACUGGCACAGGAAGCAGGGAAGCCUCCAGACACAAAAUUCCUCACUCUACAGAGUAACUACUGGUCAAUGAUAAGGAGCAUGGAGCCACUAUGGAAGGAGGGCAUGGCACAGGCAGGUGUGAGGCCUCCCACAUAGUGGCAGACACCAUAUCUGUCAUAACUGCCAACGAUAUGUCUACAUUAGCAAGAGGUGUAUUAAGAAGAUAAAAGACAAAAGAGUGUGGCCUAUCAACACAUUGUUCAUGGAGACAUAAUCUGCCAUACAGGCCUGGAAACAGAAAUGUCCAAUACAUCCUAAGAAAGUUUAAAAUUGUUUCGAAGUCAACAACAGAGCAUAAAGUGUCCCUAAGCCCCCUUUCCUUUCAGAUACCACCUGUCAGUAGACAUUGAGAACACUGAAGUGGAUAUACAAGUAGUCCCACUGACCGAUGUGUCUUUGGGUAUAAUGUAUAUAGACG